AUGGUCACGACGUCGCUCGUCAUGCCGAUCGCGUUCCUGGGGCUCCUGAACGAGAACGUGUCGCUCGUGGUCGUGGAGAUCGUCACGUACCUCAGCGCCUUCCUCCUCUUGCUCCACGUGCACUCGUCCGGCAAGCGCAAUGCCGCGAUGUUGAUCGCUGCGGUGCUCCAAGUGCUGCUCGUGGAGCUCGUUUUCCACUGCGGCGAGCGCUGGCACGCCCAGUCGCUGGUGAUGCUGCUGUCCGGUCGCCUUCCGCUGUACGCUUUGGUGCUCCAGGCCCAGCUCUAUUACACAGCGUUCGUUGCGACGUCGCGACUGCGGGUCGAUCUGUUCGUCCAGCCACUUGCAAUGGGGACGUUCAUGGUCAUGCUCGUGUUCCCAUUCGAGCUGCUGGGCACCAAGUUCCUCUGGUGGACGUGGCAUGACACGGAUCCGCUCCUUGCUGACCGUGUCAUGGGUGUACCGUGCCACGCACUCUUCUACUACUACUUCUUUGCGUGCGCGUUCACUUGUGUGCAUCACGUUCUGCGCAGGAUGUGGGUCACGGGCGACUACUACAAGGACGAACAGUGGAUGUCAGAGUGGGGCUACGUUUUACUCAUGCCGCUUCUUACCACUCUAUUUGCCAUGGGUCUCCUGAUUCUGGGCUACUAUUUGCCUGUUCAUCUCACGGGUAUCCAAGCACAGGUAUCCUUCUUCAUGCUCAUCGGUGUAAGCUUGCUACUCUUCUGGAUGGCUGAUCGCGAAAGAGACUUCCCUGAUGUCCAAGAGUCUUUGGACCCUGAGGACGCCUACGACAGUGACUGGCUGUACCCGUGCACCGACCACGCCGUGAACCAGCUGGUGUUCCUGCUCUACUUUGUCCUCGUGCUGCUCGUGCUGUUCAUCAGCCCCACGGAGAUCGUGUCGAUGGGUCACCACCAGCCACUAGGCCACUGCAUGGAGAGCGAAUCGUUCACCAGCCUCAUUGGCACGCGACACACGCGCAAGAAGCACCUGUGCGCACACGACUUCGACGAGGACUUUAAUCUGUGCAACUACCCCGUGUCGCAACUGCUGUACGAGGGGUCGUGGUACAUGAUCUGCGGACGCGGCUACGACAGCUUCGCGACGCACGUGGCUCUCAUUGCGUGCAGCUUCGUAGGGCUCAAUCUCCUCUUCUACCAAGUGCUCAAGCGCCCGCAGCGCGUGUCUUUUCGCCGUCCAUGA